AGAAUGCCCAAAGGAUAAGCUUCUCAAGCUGCUCAGCCUCUAGCCACCCCUGUAGUGUCUGUGACAACUCCAAGCUUGCCUCCGCAGGGCCUGGUGUACUCAGCAAUGCCGACUGCUUACAACACUGACUACUCACUGACCAGCGCUGACCUGUCGGCCCUGCAAGGCUUCACCUCCCCUGGAAUGCUGUCUCUGGGGCAGGCUUCAGCCUGGCAGCAACACCAUCUAGGACAAGCAGCCCUCAGCUCUCUAGUGGCUGGAGGGCAGUUAUCUCAGGGUUCAAAUUUGUCCAUUAACACCAACCAGAACAUCAACAUUAAGUCAGAGCCAAUUUCACCUCCCCGGGAUAGAAUGACCCCAUCAGGCUUCCAGCAGCAGCAGCAGCAGCAGCAGCAGCAACAGCAGCAGCAGCAGCAGCAACCGCCGCCCCAGCCUCCGCAGCCCCAACCCCGGCAGGAAAUGGGGCGCUCCCCUGUGGACAGUUUGAGCAGCUCCAGCAGCUCCUAUGAUGGCAGUGACCGGGAGGAUCCACGGGGCGACUUUCAUUCUCCAAUUGUGCUUGGCCGACCCCCAAAUACCGAGGACAGAGAAAGCCCUUCUGUAAAACGCAUGAGGAUGGACACGUGGGUGACCUAAGGCUUCCUGGUUCAUGUUUGUUCUUUGUGUUACUGCAGUGAACUGCCCUACAUAUCUUAAAUUGGUGAAUAAGGACAUGAGUUCAAUAUAUUUAUAUGUACAUACAUACAUAUAUAUCCCUUUACAUAUAUAUGUAUGUGGGUGUG